CUGGCCAGGAAGCGUGUGGGGACCCGGGUUCCCGUGAGCCUCUCCUGCCCUGCAGCCAGGCACGGGCAAGCGCAAGGCAGAGCAGAAGGCCAGUGAGAAAGCUGUAGGAGUUUGGUGGCUGCUCCCGGAGGACCCUGCUAAAAGCUAACCUGCCCCUGGAGACUUGGGGACUCUGCUUCUUGUUACAGACAUACUGAGCUCUGCCCCCUUUGUGCCUUAGGCAUCCACGCUGCAGCUAAGCUGAAGUUGAGACCCAAACUUUGCCAAAGAAAAUGCUAGCCCCCAUACCAGAACCCAAGCCUGGAGACCUGAUUGAGAUUUUCCGCCCUCUCUACAGACACUGGGCCAUCUAUGUGGGUGAUGGAUAUGUGAUCCACCUGGCUCCCCCAAGUGAAAUUGCAGGAGCCGGGGCAGCCAGCAUCAUGUCUGCUUUGGCCGACAAGGCCAUAGUGAAGAAAGAACUGCUGUGUGAUGUGGCCGGGAGGGACAGAUACCAGGUCAAUAACAAACAUGACAACGAAUACACUCCACUGCCCAUAAACAAGAUCAUCAAGCAGGCUGAGGAGUUGGUGGGGCAGGAGGUUCUCUACAAGCUGACCAGUGAGAACUGUGAGCACUUUGUGAAUGAACUACGUUAUGGAGUUGCUCGCAGUGACCAGGUCAGAGAUGCUGUCACGGCAGCAGGCAUCGCUGGAGUGGGUUUGGCAGUCUUCGGCCUUGUUGGGGUUUUCUUAUCCAGAAACAAGAAACAGAAGCAAUGAGUUGAAUGACUAUCCGGCCUUAGGGGCUCCUCUUUUGCUGGGGGGGGCUUGGAAUUUGAUUUGUAGAUUCUACUGUGUCAUAAUUAGGCUUAUUUUUACAGCAUACAAUAAACCACAAGAAGGGAAUUUCACUGGGAGGAUACUGCAAGAGUCGUCAAGCGUGAAGUCUCUGGAGGGAAGCUCUGGGCUCUGUCCUGAGUAACACCCUUUCCCGGUUGGUCUUUCUCUUUGCUGUGGUACUCUCCACUUUGCAGAAAACAGUCCAGCACUGUUACCUCAAGUGAAGGUCAUUUCUGUGUGUCAGAUACUGUGGUAUGCCAAAGGAAACGGCUUGGACAAACAGAAAUGGAAACCUCAGAUAGCCAGGGCUCUUGCUUUAGGACUUGAUCCAACAUGGCACUUUGAGCCUCAGGGGCUGGAGUCUAUGGACAUUUAGUGGAGUGUGAAAGACAAAUCCUCUAGGGCUUGGGCUACAGCUCAGUGGUGGAGUGCUUUCCUGGAAAGCAUGAUGUUUUAGGUUCAAUCCCUAGUGUAACCCCUUUCCACAGAGAAAUUCAGGAUAUACUGGGCUGGUCUUCCUAAAGCCUUCCAAUUUCCUUCUGCAUUAAACAUCUGUUCUACUUAGGUUUCUAUUGCUGUGGUAAAGACCUGAAACAACUUGGGAUGAAUUGGCUAUUGGCUUCCAUAUUCCUGCUUGUAGUUCACUGAGAGAAGCUGAGGCAGAAACGGAAGGCAGCAACUGACGCAGAAACCAUGAAGGGGUGCUACCUACUGGCUUGCUGUCCAUGACUUACUUGCUCAGCUUGCUUUCUUACACAGUCCAGGACCACCGGCUGGGCGGUGGUGCCACCUGUAGUGGAAUGGGCUCUCCCACAGCAAUCAUUAAUCAAGAAAAUGCCCUACAGAGUUGUCUAUAGCCGAUGUCUUGCGGGCUUUUUCUCAACGGAGAUUUUCUCUUCCCAGAUGACCCCUGUUUGUGUCACACUGAGAAAAACCAACCAGCAAAAGUUUCUUUUGCCUUGGCUCUUGCUCCUCCUCAGGACUCCUGCUUUCUCACCACUGGUCCUGCAUUUCUACCUUUCCCUUCUCUUCCCUUCUCAGCUCAUUAUCACUUACAUGUUCAACCCUGAGACCCCAAGAGAGAAUGUGAUCGGCUCAGUGCACUAUGGAGGCUGCCUUUUGGUCAAGUGAUUUUUCAGUCAAUUAGGUGUGACUAACGGCUCAGAGUCAUAUGGUACAAACAUUACUUCAGGUCUUAGGAAUUGAUAGAGUGACUGAAACAGCUACUACCUAUUGCUCAUCCCAGGGCAGAAGCAAGGUGUCUCCUUUGCAAUUGAUUAAAAAAAAAGUUAACUUUUAUUUUAGGUGUAUGGGUGUUUGUCUGCACAUAUAUAUGUACACCAUGUGUGUGCGGUGCUGGUGGAAACCAGAAGAGAGCACUAGAUACUCUGAAACUGGAAUUACAGAUGAUUGCUAGCUGUCACGUGGGUUCUGGGAUUAUUUGCAAGAGCAAGUGUCCUUAGCUGCUGAGCCAUCUCUCCAGGCCCCUGGAGCUGUCCUUACUGCUGGUUGGGAUUGGCAGACUUUCAUAGUGGCUGUUUUAGGGGACUUCUAUGGGUUUCUCAGAAAUACUCCUCUUGGGCUUGCUGCCAUUCCUCUGCGGGUCUACUAUGCUCUUUUACUAGGCCGCAGGUGUUUCCUUGCAAGGCUGGUUGUCUGCAGACAUCUUGUUCAUUACAGCCCUGCUCAGGAUUGACAUCUUACUGUGUGGCAGCUUUCUCCUGACUUAUCCACAUCUUGCACAGAAUACACAUGUGCUCUGAGUCCCAGGGUUGAGAGAACAGUUUUCUUUAGCGCAGAUUUCUCUCUUAGUGUCUCAUGUGCACUAAGAAGUGCACUAGCUCCCCAAACCCAAGGGACCCAGAUCCAAGUUCAAAGGACAAGUAUCUUGAUGCCCUCAACCCUCAAUGUGGCACAAGGUAGAAGGGACACAGUGAGGGGACACACAAACUCUGUAAUAUUUAGAUAAUAUUAGUUUAUUAUCUAAACUACUAAUGGAGAGUAAAAGAAAAAGAAGGAGAAAAAACAAAUACAAGAAGAAAACCAUACAAAAACGUCACUGUCAAACGAGAAAAAGCAACCCAGGACGAUGUGCUCAGGAAGUUGAGGUGCUUGCUGCCACAUCUGUUGACCUGAGCUUCCUUUCUGGGAUGUAUACUGUGGAAGGAGCAAAUCAACUCCCAAAAGCUGUCCCCUGACCUCCACGUAUGUAUCACAGCAUUGGCGCACGUGUCUGCGUGUAAUACAUAAGUAAAUGUGGUUUUAAAAGCUAGAAGAAAAUACAGACUUUAAGGCAAAAAUGAUUACUACACAGAGAGAAUAAAAAGGUCCUGAUUAAAAUUUCAACUCAAUCAAGUAUAUGCUAAUUUAAAAUUUAUUUGCAUUGAAUGGUCACAAAGUAGAUCAUGAAUUCUUGGCCAAUUUACCAUCGUAGUGGGAGAUCAAAAAGUUAUUAUAUUUGCUUAGCUCUAACAUAAUUCAAACACCAGGUCAAUGCAGAUGACAAAAAUUUAUUGUAACUAGCCACUACUGAUCAAUCCGGGCUGCAGAACAGACUCAGGAGCUGAACUGCGACCCUGAGCCAGACUGUUACAGAGCUUUUAUGCUUGAAAACCGUAAACAUUUGUGCCAAGUCACAGUUACAUUUUUUUCCCCAUCCAUCAGGAUUUAGGGAUAGGGGACUUUCCUAGUAAAUUUGCCUUUGUGGUACAUUUAUCCUGUUUUCAUUGGUUGGUUUAUUCAACUGUGGUGGGGCGAAUUGCUUAGCAUUCAUGUCUCAAUUUGCCAACCAGGAAGUCAGGUUCCCAUGUACAUGUCUCUGUCUGCCAAGCUGGAUGUCAGCUACCCAGGGAGAUCUCGGGAACUUAAUCUCUAUUUGACCACUAUUCAGAAUGGAAGUUUUAUUUAAAAUGGCUUCAGUUUGGUUCCUUCUUACAAAAAUACGUAUCUUUGAGACUGGAGAGAUGGCUCAGUGGUUAAGAGCACUGGAUGCUUUUCCUGGGGGCCUGAGUUUGGUUCCUAGAACACACAUGGCUGCUUACAGCCACCUGUAACUCCAGUUCUAGAGGAUCCUACACCCUUUUAUACCCUCCAUGGGCAUUGCACACACAGACAUAUAUGCAGGCAAAAUACCCACACACAUAAAAAAAUUUAAAAAUGCAUAUCUUCUAGGGCCUGAUAAAGUACAAUGCAAAGAUAGAGAAAAUUUGAAAAAUUGACAAGAAACAGUUUUAGUAGACAUAUGCAGUGUAACCAAAAUACAAAUUCUAACUACAUAUAUAGGCACAUUUUAAAAAAAAUGAUAUCCUGGUGUGGUUGUUUGAAUAAGAAUGGCCCCCAUGGAGUCUGUGUGUGUGUGUGUGUGUGUGUAUGUGGGGUUUCUUUUUGUAGCUAUGACUGUCCUGGAACUCGCUCUGUAGAGCAGGCUGACAUUGGACUCACAGAGAUCCACCUGCCUCUGCCUCCUGAGUGCUGGGAUUAAGGGUAUGUGCCACCACCAGCCAGCCAGGUUCUCAUAUUUGAAUGCUUGGGAGUUAUCAGGGACUACUAGAAAGGGAUUAGUAGGUGUGGCUUUGUUAGAAGUUGUGGACUUGGUGCAGGAAGUGUGUCACUGGGGUUGGGCUUUGAAGAUUCAAAAGCCCAACCAAGCUCAGUGUUACUCUCUUCCUACUACCUGUGGAUCCAGAUGUAGAACUCUGAGCUACCUCUCCAGCACCAUGUCUACAUGCAUGCCACCAUGCUUUCACCCAUGAUGACAAUGGAUUAAACCUUUGAACUGUAAGCAGCCCCAACUAACUGCUUUCCUUUAUAAGAGUUGCCAUGGUCAUGGAGUCUCUUCACAGCAAUAAAACAUGGAAUAAGACACCUGGUGUCUUGGUGUUACAAAUGGCUAGCUGGAGGGUUCUUUUGUUCUUUCCUGAUAGAAAUCACAAAGAUCCAGUUCUCAAUGUUGGGGAUCCUACUUUUAGAGGCUCACAGUUGAGUUUCCAAGCCCAGUGGCAGAUAGCUCUAAUCUCUGAGAAUCAGAAGCUCAUGGCUGCAAACUUCCAGAGCCAAAGACUUGAUGCUUUUAGUUUCGGGUCACUGCUGCAGGCUUGGUGGGCCAGAGCCAGCAGCUAGUAUUAGAGCUUCUGAGUGCUGGGACCUUUGACUUGUUUAUCCCUGGUGACUCCACUGAACAACUAGGAAAGACCUCAGAGCCUCAGAUUUCACAAAUGGCUCUUAAAAACUACUCAGUAGUUUUUCUCAGUAGCUUCAG